AUGGCUGGGACAUUGAUCAGAGACGGAGUUCUACAUAGUGAUCAGGUGAGUUUUAGUGAAGGGGUACUUGGUAUCGAUUGGACUAAGCUUGGUUUUGGAUUAGUUGGGGUUAAAGUUGGCUGGGGUGUGCUUAUUGGGUUAGUAUUUGGGGUUUUGGCCUAUCGGAUUAGUCUUGGGUUAAUGAAACACACUCGUAUCUUUGGAAUUGAUCUUAACAAAGAGACGAAAAUGAAGAUUCCGGAAGGGGUAGGUCUAGGCUGUGGCUUGGCCUUUGUUUGUAGUAUCUUUUGUUUGGCCGGGUUAGUGCCUAUCUUUCGAGAGGUUUUGUUAGUAAGUGCUUGUACGAUUACGUUGAACUUAUUACUGGGUUACGUGGAUGAUACGAUGGAGCUGGGCUGGUCUUGUAAGUUGGUUUUUCCUUUAAUAGCUAUGGUGCCGUUGGUUUUAGCGUACAAUGGGAGUACUUGGGUGCAGCUGCCUUUUAGAGGUAGUGUGGAUUUGGGCGGGUGGUUUUAUGGAUUGGUUUUGGUUUUGGCUGUCUUCUUUACUAAUGCAGUGAAUAUCUUGAGUGGAGUUAAUGGAGUAGAAAGUGGACAGGUUUUGGUAAUUAGUGGGUUUAUGGUAGUUGAUAGAUGGAUAUUUUGGGAUGGAUUGAGUGUAGUGAGUUUAUCCCUAUCGUUUUCUCUUUUCUGUUGUACCUUGGGGCUGUUCUGGUUGAAUGCUUACCCGGCCCGGUGUUUUGUUGGGGAUACGUUUUGUUACUUUGCUGGAUCAAGUAUUCUUUGUGUUGGUUUAGUGGGCGGGUUUACUAAAACGGUGUUUGUCUUCUUUGGGCCGCAAUUACUGAACUUUGGUCUGUCUUUGCCACAACUAGCUGGAAUUGUUGCUUGUCCAAGACACCGAAUGCCCCGCGCACAAAGAAUAGGUCAGGCCUGGCUAGUACGGGCUUCGGAAGCACCCGUAGCCGCACCAAAACGGCUGAAACUAUUGCAAGUGCCUGUACUGCGUCUGGCGUAUUUGGUAGGCCUAGUUGAGGUAGAGGACGGCCUAGGCCAGAUUAACUCAACACUAACCAGUUAUUGGAACAAACGAAGCAAGGAGGAGUUAUUUACAGGCCAGUCCCAAAUUAAGUCUAAAACCGACCAAUUAGGACCAAGUCUCCCAACUAGUCCCAAGCCAAUCCAGCCGAUGAAGAUAGUUAACUUUACUUUACUUAAUCUAAUUCUACAAUGGUUUGGGCCUAUGUCUGAGCGAGCUCUAGCCCAGAGUUUAAUGCUCAGCCAAGGACUCUUUUGUACUUUAGUUAUACUGGGCAAGAUAGCUAUCACUCGUUGGUGUUAA